UACAUAAAUGUUUACUUUGCAUAUUAAAAUAAUCAAUCAGCAUCGGGUUUCCAAGAAAACAUGAAUGUGCAAAAGUUCGCUUAUACAAAUCAAUCAUGCGCUCGAAGAAAAAAAGUACGAGCUCAGCCAUUAACAUCAGAGUCAACAAUGGGCUGAGACUCCAGCCCUCUCCAUAAGAAGUGCUCUCAAAACUAUACUUCAUUCAUUAUUCCAUUCUCAUAUGCACACACAGAGAGAGAGAGAGAGGAAGAGAGCACCUAUUACAUCCUCUCCCAUUCAUGCGCACCUCUUUAACCACUUAGGUUUAUUUAUUUUUUCCGCCACGGAAAGUCCACUUCGGUUUUUGUGUGAAGCUCCAAAAAUCUAUGAAAUGUGUUUGCAUGUUCGUCUCCGGGAGCGAGGAUGUGGAGGUGGGAUAGAGAGACGCGAGAGGUUGGAGGAGCCCACGCGCUCGCUUUCGGACAAAGUGCGUUCUGCCCGUAUCUGCCGGUGUUUGUUGAAGGAAAACAGCGAGGAUCAUUCUGUUCAGACCAUUGCAGCAAACGGAUCUGUGAGAUGUUCCUGAGGCAGGAAUAGUGUGGACUGCAGCUCCAGCGGGCUCAUUCUCCAGCUGUGCAUGCGUCAGUCUCGUCUUGGCAGCACUGCAAUUCUAUCUCCUGUUCAUCCACACCUUCGUCAUCUCCCUCCCCCUCACGCUGUGGCCCAUGUCUGCCAGCGGAGGGUCCAUGGAGGGAAGUCGAGCUAUUGAGGAUGAUGAGGCGCAGGACAGCUGCUGUGGGGAUGAAGAGCCGUCUCCUGUGGUCGAGCGAAGAAACAGGAGCGGCAUCAUCAGCGCUCCGCUCAGCAAGAGUCUGAAACGCUCGCGGGCUCUCUCACAGUACAUUGCGACCUGCUCGGCCGCUGCCGUCGCGAACGCUAACAGACUCGCCCAGAGCUCUAUGGUGGCGACGGGUGUGAAAACACACCCCACGAGUGGCCAGCACAGAGCACAGGUAGGGUACGCCAAAGUGGACCGUAGUGCUCUAGUGUCCGGUCUUCUGGACUCUCCAAGCGGCCUUCAUCUCGCCCAGGCCGCUGAGCUCCUGCGGCGGGCGGGCAUGCUUCUUCCUGUCAGCGAUGCGUCAAAUGUAAAUGUAGGAGGGGACAUGGAGACGGUCUCUGCCUCUGAUUCGCUGGCCAGCGUGAUGGACUUCCCGUUGCUUGGCAACGGUGGAUUGGGCAGCAGCUUUCCGUAUCACCCGGGGCUUUUUAUCAUGACGCCGGCGGGCGUGUUUCUCGCAGACGGAGCGCUUUCCCACGCGACGGGGGCGACGGAACACCAACAAACGCAGAGCGAGAUUUCGUCGGCCAUCGGCGCCAACGGAAAGAAGAAGCGAAAGCGAUGUGGCCUGUGUCAGCCCUGCAGACGCAGGAUUAACUGCGAACAGUGCAGCAGUUGCCGCAACCGGAAAACCGGCCAUCAGAUCUGCAAGUUCCGCAAGUGUGAAGAGCUCAAAAAGAAACCUUCUGGUGGGCUGGAGAAGGUCAUGCUGCCAACUGGAGCUCCGUUCCGGUGGUUUCCGUAGGGCAACUGGACCCUGCCCCCAACUUCCAUCCCAUAAUGAAGGACUACCAGCGGACAGCAAUGGCACUCGGAGCGCUUAGGGCUCGUAACACUGGGUGCAAACAAACAAAUGAAGAGCACUGUUUGAGAAUGAACGUCGCGAACCAAAAAUAAACAGUGAAUGGCCAAACGUCAUUCCGUCUUUUCUCUGUUCCACUUCGGAACCGUCUUGAGUUCUUCUUCGGAAUCUUGCCCUUUAUUGGAUGCUCUGGAACUAUUUACCGCCAAAUGGAAAAUGGACAAUCAUUUUUAUUUGUGUGUUUAGUGGUUUUGUUUGUCCAUGUGUGGAGAAAUGCCGUAAUUUCGUUUAGAGAAUGUAUUCCCAAGGGUCUGUUUUAAAGCUUGUGAUAAUUAAGGAGCACUAUUGUAACUUAGCACAGUGGUUCUUACUGACUGCCUCAAUGUUACGAUUGCCUUUUUAUGUUAAGGGUUUGUUUUUCGAUUCAUCAUACAGUUUUCAAGACGCUCCAUAUUUGAUACGAAAACAACCAUAAACAACAACAAUUUAAUGUAGCAUCCCUUACCCAAAACCGCUUGGAAGGUCCUUUCGGGAUUUGUUGUUUUGGUUGUUUGUUUUACAUGCUGUACAAGCGGAGUAUUUGUUUUUUUAUCUCUACUGAGGCCUGCUGGAAUUGGAGGGUGGGUGAAACCAAUUUGAAUAUUUACACCAGCUAAUGGUGUAUCUGUGUACCAGCUAUUUGUAGUACCUGCCUCCUUUUUGUGUAGCCUUACAAGAUAGGUCAAAUGAAAACUAGUGGGAAUCAAACGGUGCAUAGUAGACCAGAACCCAAAAACAUUAAGGAAAUAUUUCGAGGAUGUUUUUACUUUAUUAACCUGAUGACGAUGGCCUGAAAAGUUCUCUUUAACCUUUGAAAACAUUUAAGGCCCUUUCACAUGACUCAUGUCAACAUUUCUCAAUACACUGAACUCUUUGGAGCGAAGCGCUACGCUGCAUGUGUUAACUCGCUGUGCGCAGGUCAAGCAUUGUACUGCGGCACUCAGCAAUUCAAGAUCAAACAAUUUCAACUUUGACCCCAAUUUACCACCAAACAUUCAUUGCACGGUUGAUGAUACUCCACAAUUUGCAUCAAGUAUCAUUAUGCAGUGGAAGAAAGAUUGCUUGACACCAAGAGACGGUAAUGUUUCGAUAACGCGUGCACUACAAGUUUGUUUUUGCAAUGAAUCAAAGUCAUACAAAAUGACUUUUUCUGUUUUAAGUGAAAUGUUAUCACUUCAGUUUGCUUUAAUUUAAUCACUUUCAUAACACAAAUCUGCAAAGGUUUCCAUGCAGAAGUAAAAAAAAAAAGGUUGAAGCUGUGAGUCAUGUGAAAGGGACUUGAGGUCAUCCAUAUAACAUGGAGGCUAUGUAAUUGUCAUUUGGUGUUUAUUUUUCAUUUGGAAAUUCUGCUGAACAGGUCUGCCCCACUUCGAAUACUAAUCUCAGUUGAUUCAAAGGAUAGAAAUGCACAGUAACAAAACUCAUCAUAUCAUUCGAGACAGAAUACUGCAACAGCAGGCCAUUCCUAUGCCAUGUGGGGGCCAAAUUUAUUGGUCUGCAUAAACAAAUGCAUGUGUUUGUGUCCAAAGCCAACCCGUUCAUAGGUCUUGGCAUCCUCAAUUUAAUAAACAGAGGUGCAAACCAAACAGUUCUUGAUGUU